AUGCAAAUCGCGGGGUAUAAAAUGGGCGGCUCGGGGCGGGAGCGGAGGGAGCGGGGCAGCGGCGCGGCCAUGGCGCCCGGCACGGAGCGCCCGCCGCACGGCGAGGGCUGCGCGGGGCCCCGCGGCGACCGCAGGACGAGGAAGCCGCUGGUGGAGAAGAAGCGCCGGGCGCGCAUCAACGAGAGCCUGCGGGAGCUGCGGCUGCUGCUGGCCGACAGCGAGUUUCAGGCGAAGCUGGAGAACGCGGAGGUGCUGGAGCGGACGGUGCGGCGGGUGCGGGCCGUGCUGGAGCGCCGCGGCCGCGGUGAGUGCGGGCCCGGGGGGCGGCGGGGUGCGCCCGGCCCGGCCCGCGCCUCACCCGCGCCCCUCUCUGUCCCAGGCGGCGGGCGGCGGCUCCUGGAGGCCAGCGAGCGCUUCGCCGCCGGCUACAUCCAGUGCAUGCACGAGGUGCACACCUUCGUCUCCAGCUGCCCCGGCAUCGACGCCACCACGGCCGCCGAGCUGCUCAACCACCUGCUGGAGUCCAUGCCCCUCAGCGAGGGCGGCUGCCCGGACUCGAUCACGGACGUUGUGGCGGAGCCGGCCCUCGGGCCCUGGCCCGCCGGCGAGGCGCUGUCCCUGCCGGCCGCAGCCCGCCCGGGCCCGGCCCCGGCCGCCCCCAGCGAGGAGCCCGGCUCGGACGAGGCGGAGGCCGGGCCGGGCCAGACCCCCUCGGACGGACUGGACGCGUCCCAGACGCUGGGCCUGCCCUCGGCCGGCUCGCCCAGAGCCAUGUGGAGACCCUGGUAACAGCGGAGAGAGCCAGCGCAGCGCUGCCUGUGGGAGGAGGGCAGCGUGCCCCGCACACGCGUGUGCUGAGCGAGCGUGUCCGUGUGUCUGUCU